UUUCUUCUUGUGGCAGCCGUGAGCAUCAGUUGCAUAAAGAGUCUCACACCAACGCCUGUGAGUGAAACCGCCCUGAUGCAGACAUUUAUACUCCUCUAUCAUGACAAGUACCAACAUGGAAGUGGAGGCAACAUGAAGGAACACGUUAUGAAUAGCUGCAAAAAAGAAGAAUUAACCCACAGGAAGUAGGAAGUGUCAUCUGAAUUAUCACCACUGCAAGUUUGUGUGUGUGUGUGGGGGGGGGGACUGAGGCACUGACCCGUGCUGCUGGAUAAUGUCUCUGAAACUACCUCGUAACUGGGACUUCAGCACCUUCAAGGUUGAGACGAGUCGGAUAGCCCGGUCCAAGAGUGUGAUUCCUGGAGAAGGGGGUCCUGGACCUGGCUCCCCGAGCUCCCCCACGUCCAUGGAGAGGCCACUAAAGGCCGGCUGGCUGAAGAAGCAGCAGAGGUCUUUAGUGAAGAACUGGCAGCAGCGCUACUUUGUGCUGAGAGGAAGCACUCUGACCUACCACAAAGACGACAAGGAGAACACCUUGCAGGGAGUCAUCCAACUACGCUCCAGUAAGGUUAAUGAACUCCUGCCCAGCUCAGACGACACCGGGAAGUUCCUCUUUGAGAUUAUUCCACGUUCAACUGGAGACCGAGAGCGAUGUUCUUGUGUGUUGAUGGCAAACUCCCAGAGCGACCUGGAGGAUUGGGUCCGCGUGCUGCGUAGAGUCAUUGGAGUACCGACUAGUGGAGUGUUUGGGAAGAGUCUCAUUGACACCCUAACUUAUGAGCAGCGCUUUGGACCUCACAUGGUACCGAUCCUGGUGCAGAAGUGUGUGGAGUUCAUUACAGAACAUGGGCUGAAUGAGGAGGGCAUCUUCCGCCUCCCUGGACAGGAAAAUGCUGUCAAACAGUUCAGAGACGCCUUUGAUGCAGGAGAGCGGCCCUCGUUUCCCAGUGACACAGAUGUCCACACGGUGGCGUCGCUGCUCAAACUCUACCUGCGAGAGCUUCCUGAGCCGGUCAUCCCAUGGUCUCAGUACCAGGACUUCCUGGACUGCACCAACCUGCUGGACUCCAUCAACACAGAGCAGGGCUGGGAAAGGUUGGACAGACAAAUUGCUCUUCUCCCCAGAGUCAACUACAACCUCCUCAGCUACGUCUGCAGGUUUUUGUUUGAGGUGCAGAAUCACUCCACGGUGAAUAAGAUGAACGUGGAGAACUUGGCAACAGUGAUGGGAAUCAAUCUGCUCAAACCUCAAAUAGAAGAUCCGAUCACCGUCAUGAGGGCAACUCCUCAGAUCCAGAAGCUGAUGACGGUGAUGAUCAGACAGCACGAGACUCUGUUUCCUGUCUCCAAAGAUGUGCUCCCCCCCUCACCCUCAACCAAGACGGAGAGCCAGAAAAAUGCUCCUCGAAGCUUUGUGGGCUGGGAGUCUUCUGAGAUGGGCGACGUAUCUCUGUCCGAGUCUCCGGAAGAGGAGGAAGAUGACGACAGCCCAGGCCCUCUUAGAGGGGACUCCAACCCCCAGAGAGUCCUGCAGGAGCCCCUCUCUCCUGGCUCAGACGACUGGCUAGGAAGUCCUCGCAAACGCACACAAACCCUGCCCAGCUUUAACUGUCCCCUCACGGGGAUGGCAGCCAAGGCGGAGGCCCUAAACAGGUGGAGUCGCUUUCAAGAGAGCGUGGAGGAGAGGUGUGGCACUCUGUCAGAGGACAUUUUUAAAAUGCUGGACCUGCGGACAUCGGGAACCUUUUUUGGGGGGUCUCAGAUGAGCAACAAAACAGCGGAGGAUAGAUUUACAUCCCGAAGGGGAAGUGACCACACUUGCACUUCUUCUACUGGUUCCCAAAAACCCGAGAGUGACCCCCAGCCUGUGCAGGUUGUGUCCAACCAAAAGAUUGUGGAGACGUUGAGGGUGAUCAGUCCGGUGCAGCUGGCCAACAGCAGACCAGAGCAGAAGGAGGACCAGCAGCAGCUCGUGAACACUUUGCAGCAGGAGAACAAGGAGCUGAAGGCCGCCGUGGCAGAGCUGCAGGCUGCUUUGGAGGCAGAGCGCUGCCGUGUGGCUGCUCUGGAGAUCUGCCUAAAGAAUGCAGAGAGCAGCAAAGAAGAGGCCCAGAGGCGCAGCAAGGAGCUGCAAACAGACAUUCAGAAGUUCUUAGAGAAACGAGCUCCUUCCUAACAGACCUUUUCACACCUGUGAGCGUGCUUUUGUUCAUCUGAUAACCUCGACACAGCUCGCUGCAUCCUUCCAGUGCUGGAUCCUGCCGACUUGAUCAGUUUUGGACCUAAAGAGAAGCUGCUGGCUCGUUUUUCUGUGCCAGUCUCUAGCAGUAAGAAACGUUCGAUGGACUUUACCGCCACGGUCCAGUUAGAGGCUUAAACACGCGUCAUCUGCCCCAUCAGAGCCACACCUGGCACAAACAACCCACCUGUGUCGUUCAGAUGUCACCCGUCAUGAAACUGAACUACGAGUUUAUUAUCGACAAAAAGAUUCAGAACAUUCGUUCAUGUUUGAGUAUUUCUUCAAUCCGGUGCAAAAACAGGCCUAAAGAGAGAAAAAAGGGCUGGAAUAAUGAAGGAAAUUAGAAAUAAAUGAAGUGAUGUCAUGUUAGCGUGUGUCUUAUUUGUGCUGAGCUCUGCUGUAACUUCAAAUAAUCCAGAUUUGGCUUCACUUGGUCACACGAGUCUUUCUAAUAAAACCUGAAGAUUAA